UUGAUGCAGUUACAAGGGUCUGUAACCCAAUCUCAGAAUGAGACAUUAAAAGCCCAGAAAGAGGUUGAACUUUUGAAAGAAGAAUUAAAGAAACAGGAAACAGAAGCCAAUGAAAAAGAAGAGAAAAUGAAAGAAAUGGCAGAAACUAUUAAAGAAUAUAAAACUAAAAUGGGGACAUUAAAAAGGAAUCAACAGUCAGAGAAGAAGAAGAAUGCUCAAUUAUUAGAGGAAGCAUGGAAACGUGAAGUGAAUUUAAAUGAAGAUUCAUCUCAAUUACUUAGUGAAGUAGAUGUAAAAUCUAAUCGUAUUGAAGAGUUAGAAGAAGCUUUAAGAGAAAGUGUUAAGAUUACUGCAGAAAGAGAAAUGGAUAUGGCUGAACAACAACAAGAAUUAGAAGAAACGAAAUCCAAGUUGACAGAAUUAAAGAAUGAAAUAGAAUCUAUUAGAAAUGGUACCAGUGAUCAGAAUAGUAAAAUAUCUAGUCUUAAUAAAAUACUAGAAGAAAAAGAUGUCAAAUUACGUAAAUUACAAGCUGAAAGAUUUAAACAUUUAGAAGAAGUUUUUGAAAUGAAACAAGAGGCUAUCCAAGCUGCUAUGAGUGAAAAAGAUGCUAAUAUAGCACUUUUAGAAAUGACAAGUACUAAAGCUAAACGUAAUACAGAAGAAAUUAUUAAGUUAAAUAAAGAAAAAGAAAAAUUACAAGAACAGUUAAGAGAUGUGGUGAGUUGA